AUGGCGACCGCGCCGGAGAAGCGGCUCUGGGAGCAGGGCUCCGUCGUCUGGGCGAAGAUCGCCGGGCGGCCGUGGUGGCCGUGCGUCGUCUUUUCGUCCUGGGAGGUCCUCGAGGAGUGGGACCUGCCCAUCGACCUCGAGAACCGGCCGCCCGUCGGCCCCGAGCAGGCGCGCGGCCGCGCCGCCGCCGCGGCCGCGCGCGCCGACGCCGCCGCGCCUUCGCAGGUCGUGGGCUGCUUCCUCGUCAACUACACCCUGCAGGUCUUCGACGAGCGGGGCCCGAGCAUCCGGGGCUGGGACCAGGUCGCGGCGCAGGACGUGCUCGACGAGCUCCGGCUCGACCCGAUCUCCCGGGGCCUCCGGCGCGCCGUCGACGACGCGCGCCAGCUCAUCUCGCUGCACGCGGGCGGCGAGCUCGACGCGGCGCCCGGCGAGGCGGCCCUCGCCGACGCCCGCGACUGGGUCGACUGCCUCGCGAGCCUCGAGUCCGCGUCGACGAAGCACGGCGACGACGUCCGCGGCGUCGUCGCGCGCGCGGCGGCGCUCGCGCGCGACGCGGGCGAGCCCGCGGCGCUGGAGCGGAUCCUCGCCUGCCUGCGGCCCGACUUCGACGCGGGCGUGUGCCGCCUCGAGGCGCUGAGCCUGGUGGAGGACGAGACGGGCGACGACUACCUCGGCGCCGCGUCGCGCGCGUACCUCGCGGGCCGCCGCGCGGCGGCCGCGGACGCGCCGCCGCCGGCGCCGGCGGUUUUCGACGGCGCCGAGAGCGACGGCGACGACGACGGCGCGCGCGCGUCGCUCCGGGACAUCCUGGCGGACCCGCGGACGAAGCUGUCGCCGGGCCCGCUGUCCUUGGACCUCGCGGGCGACGGCGUCGCGCGCGCGGCGCUCACGGCCGACGGCCGCAUCGCCUUCCGCGGCGCCUUCUUCGACGACGUCGACGCCUUCGUCUCCGCCGCGCGCGCGUCCGGCGGCCGCCGCGCGCCGCGCGCGACGCAGGCGGGCCGGAAGACGUGGGACCGCGUCAUCCACGCGCCGUCGGGCAAGCCGCUGAGCUUCUUCCUCCCGCGCAAGCGGCCCCGGAAGCCGCCGCUCGUCGUACCGGCGAAGAAGGCCCGGGGGCCGUUGCCGCCGCACCCGCUCGGCGGCGAGGGCGAGCCGCCCGCGCGGAUCCGGGGCAAGAUGACGGCGUGCUACGCGGGCUACACCUACUGCGGCAACUCCUGGUGGACGCGCGACGACGUCGCCGCGAACCGGGGCGCCCACCCGCCGCGGAAGCGCGACCGGCCCCCCGCGGCGCCGCCGCGGCCCGGAUCGCCGCCGCCGCCGCCGGCGGACGACGACGACGACGACGAGACGCCGCUGAGCGAGUACUGGCUCGCGCCCGGCGGCGGCGGCGACGCGGCGGGCCGCGCGGCCAUGCUCAACGUCUGGGACGACGGCUACUUCACGGACAGCCCCGCCGCGGACGGCGCGUUCGCGGACGACGCGCCGUCGAGCGACGACGACGAGCCGCGACGGCGGCGCGGGCCACCGGCGGCGGCGCCACUCCUCGAGGGCCUGUCGCAGAACCGCCUCGACCCCCACGCGCUCGUGACCUGCGAGGACUACGAGGCCGGCGCGCCGCCCGCGGCGGCCGCGGCGGCCGACGACGACGACGCGGACGACGCGCAGCCCUUCGGCCUCGCCGUGCACCCGGACGUGGCCUUCCUCUGCGACGUCCACGCCCACCUCGCCGACGCGGAGAUCAUCGGGCUGCUCGGCGGGCGCUGGGACCCGGAGAAGCGCAUGAUGCACGUCCAGGCGCCGUUCCCGUGCCGCGCGGUCGCGCGCGACGACGACGGCGCGACGGACGUGGAGAUGGACCCCGUGUCCGAGCUCGUCGUCCGCGACGUCAUCAAGACGCACGCCAUGGACGUCGUCGGCUGGUACCACAGCCACCCGCGCUUCGUCGCCGAGCCGUCGGUGACGGACAUCGAGAACCAGCGGUCCUACCAGUCCCUCUUCCACGACGAGGCCCUGGGCCUCGCGCCCUUCAUCGGCCUCAUCGUGGGCACCUACGACACGAACGCGCCGGGGCCCAACUCCGUCUUCCGCUACUUCCACGUCGCGCCGCCCGGCGGCGUCGGGCCGCCGGACGACGCCGGCGCGCCCGCGCGCGAGACGCGGCGGUCCGCGGCGGCGGCGAGCGGCGACGCGCCCCAGCCCAUGAUCCCCCGGGCCCUCAAGGCGACGGUGCGGUCCUACAAGCGCGGCCUCCGCGACGCCGCGCGCGCGGCGAGGCGCGAGGGCCGGCCGCCGCCGCCGGAGCCCGCGCCGGGCGCGUCCCAGGUGCCCUUCGGCUUCCUCCUCAACGGCCACCCGCUCGGCUGCGCCUGCUGCGCGCCCGCGCCCGCGCCCAAGGCCGCGGCGCCGCCGGAGGAGCCGGCCGACGCGGCCGACGCGGAGGCGCCGGCGGCGCCCGCGGUCCUCGCGGCGCCGGCGGCGCCCGUCGCGCCCGUCCCGGCGCCCGUCGCGCCCGUCCCGGCGCCCGUCGCUCCCGUCGCGCCCGUCGCGCCGGCCGCGCGCGUCGAGCCGGCCGCGCGCGUCGCGCCGGCCGCGCCCGUCCCGGCGCCCGUCGCGCUGGCCCCGGCGCCCGCGCCCGUCGCGCCGGCGGCGCCCGUGCCCAUCGCGCCGGCGCCCCCGUCCGUGAGCCUCGGCCCCCGCGACCGCAACGGCGCCUACCCCUGCCCCGCGGGCUGCCCGCGGACCUUCGCCCACGCGCCCGCGGCGGUGCAGCACGGCAAGUCGUGCAAGUACGGGGGCCCGCGGCCGCCGGGCGCGCCGCCGCACCCGGAGCGGCGGCCGCCCGCGCCGCCGCCCGCGCCGCGGCCCCCGCGGCCGCCGCCGCGGCCCAAGGUGCGGCCCGCGGGCAACACGCGCGAGGCCUGCGUCGAGGGCCUCUGCUACGACGUCAAGCAGCGUCUCGCUCCCGCCAUCGCGGCGCUCGACGCGGCCGCCGCGCGCGACGACGACGGCGUCGCGCGGCUCGUCGACGCGCGCUGGGCCGCGCUCCGGGGCCGCUACGCCGACACGCCCCUGGCCUGCGUCGCCCACACCGUGCGCCAGCUCGGCAAGUACUACGCGAAGCACGACCGCCGCGUCGACCUCGACGGGCUCUGGAAAUUGGGGCUCACGAAGUGGGAGAAGCUCCUCCACUCGCUCGCCGCGGGGCUGCUCAAGAUGGCCGUCGAGACCGACAACCGCCUGGAGUUCAUCUGCGACGUGCUCCUCUACGUCCUCGCCUGCUGGCGCGAGGCGCCCGCGCGGCGCCGCCGCUACGCGGAGCCGCGCCGCAAGCGCGACUACGCGCUCGACGCGGUCGAGGUGCUCGUCGUCGACGACUCGCCGCGCGACGACGGCGACGGCGUGCGCGAGUUCCUGCGGGGCACGCCCCUGGACGGGCGCCUGCGCUGGAUCCGGUGCGACGAGCAACGGCGACUCGGCGCGAAGCGCAACGCGGCGGCGCGCCGCGCGCGCGGCGACGUCGUCGUCGUCUGGGACGACGACGACUACUUCGCGCCGGCGCGCCUGAAAACGCAGGCCGCGGCGCUCGCGGGCGGAACGUCCGCCGUGCUCCUUGGCGCCGACAAACCGGGCUGCUUCUUCUACUUCGACGCCGCGGACGGCACGUUCCGCGAGUCGUCGGGGAGCUCCUUCGGGCAGCCGUGCUCCAUGGCCUACGAGAGGCGCCUCUGGGGCGAGGCCGUCUACGGCGAGGACCUGGACGUCUUCGAGGACAUGCACUUCUUCGAGGCGCUGCUGUUCGGCGGGGUGAAGUCCCGCGCGGCGUUCGUCGCGGAGCGCGAGGUCAUGGCGGCGCUCGAGUACACGGAGACCCCCCGCCUCGAGCGGGCCCUGACGAAGGAGGAGCUGCGCGCCAUCGCGCGCGGCGUGCGCGAGGUCGCGGAGCCGACGCCCCGGUCCAUCCGCCGGCGGGCCUGCGAGCUCCUGGGGCGGGAGCCCGGCGCCCUCGACGGCCUCAAGGAGGCCGUCAAGGCCGCCGCCGUCGCGGAGCAGGAGCGGUACACGUCGGCGUCGGCCGAGCGGCGGGAGACCUUCGCGUCGGCGUUCUACGCGGACGACGUCAACGGCGAGAAGCGCAAGGGCAAGUUCUCGAGCGCGGAAUCCGUCGCGGUCUGCGCGGCCGCCGAGGCCGUCGCCGCGUCGCGCAACCUCACGGUCGAGGCCCUCGUGAGCACCAAGGCCGCCUGGCGCGGCGCCGUCGGGGAGAAGCGGUCGAACCCCUGGAAGGAGAUCGCCGCGCAGUUCCCGCUCCGGAGCGAGAAUUCGCUCUACGGCCACGUGAAGCGCCAGCGCCACGCCUACGCGAACCGCCAGGGCCCCGACAAGCGCUGGAGCGGCGAGGAUUCGAACCUCCUGCGCGAGCUCUUCGAGCGGCACGGGCCCGACUGGACGGCCAUCGGCGUCGAACUCAAGCGGACGCCCGCGGCGUGCCGCGACCGCUACCGCACGCUCUACGGCGAGCCGAGCGCCCCGGCGCCGGCGGGCGGUGCCCGCACCAUCGUCGUCAAGGAGGCCUGGACCGACGCCGAGCUGACCGCGCUCGUCGAGGCCCACGUCGACGGCACGCCCAUUUUGGAGAUCGACGACCCGGCGCGCGUGUCGUUCACGGCGGUGGCCGCGCUCGUGGGCACGCGGAGCCGCCAGCAGUGCCGCAAGAAGUGGGACUCGCUCAAGCGCCGGAACCACCGGGGGGAGCUGCUGCGCGAUCCGGACAUGGCGCUCGAGCUCUGCGAGCAGAUCCAGCUCAAGCACGCGACGGACGAGAGCGACGUCGUCUGGACGCUCCUCGGCUGGGACCACCCGGGCGCCUGCACGUCGGCGGCGCGUCAGUGCUGGGAGCGCCUGCGGAAGCGCCACCCGGAGCUGCCCUUCGCCGAGGCCCUCGACGUCAUCACGGAGGAGCUCCGCGACGAAGUCCACGACAUCAUGCUCGCGGACGAGGCCCUCCAAGCGCGCCGCGCGCGCGUCGCCGCGGCGGCGGAGCGCGCGCGCGUCGCCGUGGCGCCGUCGGACUCGGAGGACGAGUCCUCGUCGUCGUCGUCGUCGUCGUCGGACGACGACGACGACGCGGACGGCGCCGUGUCCAAGGCCGCGUCGGAGUCGUCCUCCGAGUCCGAGUCGGGCACGGCCGCGGCGACGUCGUCGACGCGGCCCGACGAGAUCUCGGAGAUGUGGAGCAGCGCCGUGCGCGGGCUCGCGCCGUCGCCGAGGUGCGACGACCGGGGGCUCCAGGCGUCGAGCGCGAUCAUCGCGCCGUACCCGCGGACCGCGACGCACUUCUUCUGGCUCCCGAUGAUCGCGUUCCCGCGCGCGGAGCUCACGAAGCGCGUCAACGGAAAUCUGCUGCCCGUGCUCGCGUGCUCGCUCGUGCACGCCGUCGUCGUCCUUCUCGCCGCGACGGACGACUUCCCCCGGGGCAUCGAGCCCAUCUUCAUCUUCGCGGACGUCUUCGACCCGACGAAGUCGCAGCUCGAGGGCAUGCGGCGGCUCUUCGAGGUGCCGAACUUCGUCGCCGAGGAGUGGCCGCACGUUUUGGUCUGGGACCUCUUCGUCGGGCGCCUGAUCUGGCUCGACGGCGUCAACCGAAACAUCGUCUGCUGGCACUCGCUCCUGCUGACGAACUUCAUCGGCCCGCCGGGGCUCCUGCUCCACGCGGCGACGUCCGCGCUCUCGGGCAAGGGCCUCCCGACGCUCGGGGGCGCCGCCGAGGACGCGAGCUAA